AUGGAGGAGCUGCAGUCGGAGCUGGAGGCAUCACGCACAUGUGAGCGGGAUUUUCAGGCCCAGGUGCGUCUUCUUGAGGCUGAGGUGUCAAGGGUGGCCUCUGAUGCCAAGAGAGUCCAGGGGGUGGUGAAGCAGAAGUUUAAGGGAACCGUAUCUGCUGUGAAUGAGGAAUACCUUGACAAGCAGCCAGACGAACCUGUGGGUACAAAGUCUAGUGGAUUGGAGCCAGUUAGUUUGUCCUGUGGUGUUGAAAUGAAUGAAUUUCGCCACUCUAUUGAGGAGCUUCUGUCUGAGCUAGAGGCGCUGCGUAAACGAGAGAAGGAAUACGAAGAGCAGCAUUAUUCUAUGAAGAAGCUCUAUUUGGAGCUGGAGGAAUUACACCGUUCCAGUGAGUAUUUGGAGUCUGAACUGGAAAGUCUUCGGCGUUCAAUGGAGGGUCUGCAGGUGGAGUUGGAGGCAUCCCGUCAUCGGGAGAAGGAAUUUGAAGAGCGGAGUUGUUUAAUGGUCGAGCUGCAGGCGGAGGUGGAAGUACUUCGUCAGCGUGAAAAGGAAUUUGAAGUGCAGCGGCAGUGUGUGGAGGAGAUGAAGUUGGAGCUGGAGGCACUGCGGCAGCGUGAGAAGGAAUUUGAAGUGCAGCGGCAGUGUGUGGAGGAGAUGAAGUUGGAGCUGGAGGCACUGCGGCAGCGUGAGAAGGAAGUGGAAGUACCGCGCCGAUCUGUGGCUGGUGAGCAAGGGUGUAAUGCUGGUCUUUUCGCCGUUGAGGUGGUGCGGCCUUCUCUCAUUUCAUGUUUUCCAGAAGGUGAAAUUUCGCGUCAAAGUGUUGUAGGGGGGAAUCAAAGGUACUGUGAUGUACUUUCUGGUUCUUCCGGUGGCGUUGGUGGUGUUACCGAUGUUGUGGACCCCACUUGGCACCGGAGGUCACUGUAUACAGAGCGUGAGGAGGGUUCAUCGUCGUUUUCGACUCUCUCGGAAGGCAGGGACUGUAGUCGUUGUGUCGUACUUGCUAGGCGUGUCAUUAGGCUGCGGGGGACUGUAAGGGUACUGAAGGAGACAAUUAGGAGUUUUAUGGAGUGCGAAGAUACUCUUCGUGCAUCUAAUGCUGCGCGGGUCGAAAGGCUAGAAGAGGAUUUAGAGGCUGCUCUUAUGGAAUUGAAAAGGAAAUGUUUGGAAGAGUAA